GCCAAGUGAAUUAAUUCCAAGAGAUUGAAUUGUUGACGUUGUCUUUCAUUUAUCCAAUUUUUAUUUGUAUAUAUAAUUGGCAGGGGAUUAGGGCUACGGGGUCUAUCGAUAACGACUUGCACGUCCUUCGCAGAUCCGUAAAUUCAGCUAAAGAACGAGUUCUUUGUAUAAUAUAUUUCACAGCCGGCGAAGUUUUGAACGAGUAGUUUUAAAUUCUGGAGAAGUUUGAGAUCUGAUUGGUUCGGAUGAAAUUUUUGACUGGAAAUUAAAGUUGUAAUUGGGAGGAUCAAGGUGAAAUUCGGAGAAUUUUCCUUAUGGGUUCAUAGAUUUGCCAAGGUUAAGUAGAAAAGGAACAAAAAAUCUCUUUUUUUCUUUUCCCGAAUAGAGCUAAAUUUUUAUUGUGAAGAGUUGAAAUUGGGGGGGAUCGGAGUGAAAUUGAGAGAAUUUUUCCAUCUGGGUUCGCAUAUUUUUCGAGGUUUUAGUCGAAAAUUUUCAAGCUUUAUGAUUAUUUGCACAAUCAGAGUCAUCGGAGUUCAAAUUGGGCGAAGCGAUUAUUUCUCUGAAUUAUCAUUUCAGGAACUUGGAAAGACUGUGCGAGGAAAGUGAGGAGAAGUCUGAAGAUAAGAGAAAAGUGCGAAUUUUGAGAGUAAUUCAAUACAAGAUGAGCGGGAAACAGCCGGCGAAGCUCGACGACGAGCAGCUCGCCGAAUUACGCGACAUUUUCCGAUCGUUUGAUUGCAAUAAGGACGGGAGCUUGACUCAACUAGAGCUCGGGUCGCUGCUCCGAUCACUCGGCCUAAAACCAAGCCCGGAGCAGCUGGAGGCGUUGAUACAAACGGCCGAUAAGAACAGCAACGGGCUGAUCGAGUUCUCGGAGUUUGUGACGCUCGUGGAGCCUGAUCUUGUGCCGGCGAAGAGCCCCUACACAGAGGAGCAGCUGAGGCAGAUAUUUCGUAUGUUUGAUAGAGACGGAAAUGGGUUUAUCACGGCGGCGGAGCUGGCGCACUCGAUGGCCAAGUUGGGCCACGCGCUUACGGCGGAGGAGCUGACGGGGAUGAUCAAGGAGGCGGACAUGGAUGGCGAUGGGUGUAUCAGUUUUCAGGAGUUUUCUCGGGCGAUUUCCUCGGCUGCGUUUGACAAUUCUUGGGCUUGAAGGGAGCUUGGAUGCAUGCAGAUCCCAAAGCUGUUGAAGGCUGCAGCCGGAUAGGCAUGGGAAAUCACUGGAAUAGGCAUAGGAAUCCUAGCAGUCCACUUCCCAUUAAGUUCAAGUGGGCGGACAACUUGCUAGGAUUCUCGGGAAAUAUGACGGGCUCUUGACUUUUCAAGUAAAUGUCGGGACCUGUAUAAAGUGUUUUCUCCACACAAAUCGGGUAAAACUCUGUCUCAGUUGGUAGGCAUAGCGCCCAAGAAAUGCUUACACACAAAGGGAUUCAAACCUUAAACCCGAUGAAGAUGUUCCUGAAACCAAAGUCCUUAUCACUUGAGCCAACCUCUGGAGAGAUCUUUGGGUCGUUGUCCCAACACUUUUAGCUCAUAGGCUUCUAAAUGUAAUAUUUCCUUUUCCUUUAUGUGGUUGUUGUUGUUUCUUUUCAUGCAUGCGAUGGCAUGCCCCGGUGUCUUUGUAUUUCUAGUGUAUAUUUUAAUUUAAUUCAA